AAUUCCUCUUCCUGGAGUUCCCUUGAGAUACUGCAGAAUUCUAUGAGCUGCCUGUAAAUGGAUCUCUUUCGGACAAUGCAUGAAUUGACUAACCAUACUUACAGCAUAGGCAAUAUCUGGUCUAGUGCGAGACAAGUAAAUUAAUCUCCCAACUAGACGCGGAUACAUUUCUUUAUCCACUGCAACACCUUCUUCGGUAUUACCCAAUUUAAGAUUUAGAUCCAUAGGAAUGCUAGCAGGUUUGCAUGCUGUGUUCCCUGUCUCCUUGAGUAAAUCGGUAAUGUAUUUUUGCUGAGAUAUAAAAAUGCCUUUCCGAGAAUGUGCCACUUCGAUUCCCAAAAAGUACUUCAGCUUUCCAGGAGUUUUUAUUUCAAACUCCUUAGCUAAACACUGAUUCAAGAUCUGUUGCUCCUUCCAAUCAUCCCCCGUCAUUAUGAUAUCAUCCACAUAGACUAAAAAAACGGUUACUCCCCCUUGUGGCGAGUGUUUGAUGAACAAGGUAUGAUCCCCUUGACUUUGCUUGUACCCUAAAGAUGUCAUAACCUUGGUGAAUCUUCCAAACCAUGCCCGAGGUGAUUGUUUCAGGCCAUAUAAUGCCUUUUUCAACUUGCAGACUGUAUUGAUGGGUACAUUUUUAAAAAACCCUGGUGGUAUGUGCAUAUAAAUCUCCUCCUCAAGUUCCUCGUGUAAGAAGGCAUUCUUCACAUCAAACUGUUGUAAAUCCCAUGUCCCAACCAUAAUUGGCAGCAAGUGACAAAAUUACUCUGACAGUAUUCAUCUUUGCAACCGGAGCAAAUGUCUCUGAAUAGUCAAUUCCAUAGGUUUGUGAAUUACAGGAUGAAAUGAGGACCCAAACAACAUAUGAUAACCUAGACCUUCCAAUUGCCAUUAGAAAAGAUACCAAAGCAUUUAAGUCUUUAGGUUCAUGUGUGCUUAGAUUCGUAAUUAACAUCUACUCUGUCGUGUUUGCAAAAAAAAUAAUAAAUAAAUAAAUACAAGUCCAACUUCCUAAAUAGUAAAUACAUGAAUCUAAGCAUACAUGAACCUAAAGACUUAAAUGCUUCUAUUUUCAAUGGGAAACAUUUACUAUUUCCAACACUCUGCAUAUAAACUUUUAGGCCCUUCUGCAUUUUCUCACAUGUGGCUACUACUUACAGACCUGUAUUACAAGGAUGACUGGCUAUAGAUUACUUGACAAAGGAGGUCAGCUUUAAUGAUAUUCUAAUAUGAUAAGAUGUUUUGCAGGUACUUGGCUGGGCACAGGCAAUGCCGAAAUUUGCUAAUGAUCUUGUGAAGUAUGUGCAAACUUUUCUGGAGAGGACAUACGAAAUCCCUCCUUGGGUCUCCCUAUUUAUUAUUCUUCUCAAGUGGCUUGAUUGUAUUAUUGCUUCAGGAAAACCUUAUCCAUGAUGACAAUAAACUUAUUUGCUGGCAUGUUGCUGACUCUAUUGAAAGGCUUGGACAAACAACUCAAAGAGCAUCAAAAUUCAAAUCAUGUUGGAGGAAAACACCAUAGUCAUUCGGACGGUGAACCUACAAGGAGUUUAGGACCAUUUGCUCAAGAUUAUAGGAAAUUGGCAAUCGAUUGCAUCAAGGUUUUACGUGUAGAGAUGCAAUUGGAGACGAUGUUUCAUAUGCAGGAAAUGACAAAUACAGAAUACUUGGAUGAUCAAAAUGCUGAUGAACCAGAUGACUUCAUCAUUUCGCUCACUUCACAGAUAACACGAAGGGAUGAGGAAAUGGCUCCUGUUAUUUCAAAUUCAAAGCGGAAUUACAUAUUUGGUGGAAUUUGCGGGGUUGCUAAUGCAUCAGUUAAGGCUUUGGCAGAUAUGAAGUCUAUUAAUCUUUUUUGGGGCCGAAGCCCAAAGAGAAGAAUUACAUAGGAAUUAACCGGGGGGGUAGAAACAGUGAAACACCCCUACAAUCAUCAUCAUAAGCUUGAGCCACCUGUGGAGGGGGAGGGGGGUCUCAAAGAACAUAAUACCAUGUUGACUGUCACUACCAAUAUUUGCAAGCACAUCUGCACAUCGAUUAGCUUCUCUAAACACAUGUAUGAUUCUAAUCUCCCAAUUUAAAUCUAGCAAGCUUUUAACUCUCUGCGUGAUUGCACAAUCUCCAGUAUCCCCAUUAUUGCCAUUCUGUAAGUUGUGAACAAGAACCUGAGAGUCAAUUUGAAUUUCAACUUUCUCUA